AUGGAGCCCAGCGAUCCGUCGGGACGGCUGACCGUGGAGGAUCUGUCCGAUUGCAGAAGCGAGUCCAGUCACUCGGAAACCCAACUGCGAGCAUUUCAAGACUACGAAAGAGUCAAAGAGCUGAAUUUAUCGGUGGAUAAAUCAAAGGAGGAUAACGUGGAACCGAAAGACUUUCAUUUAGGAUUAGAACCCGGAAGGAUCCACUUCGAGGAGUUCGAGAACCCUACGAGGAAUUUACAAAUGGCUCUGAACAAGAGCAAAAACUUUGGAUAUACGGCGGGUAAUUUGAACGAGAUGACCUAUCCCCUGGACAGAUCGAACGAGAACGACGAAUCAUUGGAUGCGGGCAGCCUCUGCAGGUCUAAGAAUCCCACGGCCAAGGAUCUUUUGUUCAAUCUUCGAGAGGGACGCGAAAAGAACGCUCAUGCUGCGUUGUCAUUGGACAGGUACGGUAAGGAUUUGAAUUUCGCGGUGACUGAGAAAGACAUCAAAGAGUUCGGGCUCCUGAAGAAUUACAGUCUCGACCGGAUGAAGGAAUUCAAUCUGUCGUUGGACCGUAUGAGAGACAGUCAGAUCGGUAAUUUCGCUCUCGAGAGACUUCGCGGCGGUGCGACCGGUCUGCUGGAGAAUCCACCGAUUUUGGAGCACAACGAGUUCAAAAAUAUCCAAGUGCAACCGAGGAACCAGAACCUCGAGGCGAUCGCCCUGGAACGGAUGAGACGGUCUCAUUUAUUGGGCACCGAUUUGUCCGCACAGAAUCUGACCUCCCAACUGUCCCAUCCGCAUUCCAUCACGCAAAUGCAACACUCGCAGCAGCAGCAACAACAACAAGCGAAAUCGUUCACUAUCGACGCUAUUCUGGGACUGAGGAACAAUCCCAGGGAGAAACGAGGACAGCAGCAACAGUACAAGAAACAUCAGGGCCAGGAAGGCGGCACGAAGAACGGAGGUUCGAGCUCGUGUUCCGGCGGCGGUGGCAAGCUGAAGAGGGUGCGAACGAUUUUCACCGCGGAACAAUUGGAACGGCUGGAGGGCGAAUUUGCGCGUCAACAAUACAUGGUCGGCCCGGAGAGGCUAUACCUGGCGCACGCACUCAGAUUGACAGAGGCCCAGGUGAAGGUCUGGUUCCAGAAUCGACGGAUCAAGUGGCGGAAACACCAUCACGAGCAACAGAGUCAGAGGGUGCACGAAUUCCAGCGUACGCUGACCUCGUCGCUGGAGCACGAGGACAGCAACGAGACCGACAAAUGGUGA